AUGCUACAGAAAAGUUAUGGAAUGAGGACGAAAGUCCAGGAGAAGAAAGGAAAAAUGUCAUCGGACGAACAGCAGCAGCAGCACCAGCAGCAGAACCAAAUUCCCAACAUUGCCGGAACGAUCCUAAUCGGUGGUAUCGGUGGCCUAGAUGGUGGCCAACAGAAGCAGGCACAAUCGCAGCACAAUCCGCACCAUCAGCACCUGCAGCAGCAGCAUCAUCUGCACAGCUACGCCCAUAUACUACCUCAUCUGCAUCAGUUCAGCACGAUGACCGGCUCGAACCCGGCCAGCCUGACCGGUGGUUCGGGUGCUUCGAAGCUGCCCUCGAAAAGCUCACCCCUCGGACCGUCCCCCUUCCGGCAGCUGCUUCCGGUGACCCUCUGCAUCAUAUCGUUUGCGACCGUACUCACCGUACUGAUUAUCUACAUGGAUACCACGGAAAUACGCCACCAGCAGUUCCGGCUGAAUAUGUCGCGCGACUACGAUCUGAUGGGGGUACCGCAGGACAAUCCGGCACUCGUCAAGUACGUACGGGAUAUACACAUGAAGAAGUACCCGAUGACGUUCAUGCGCAACGCGAACGCACCGGUGGAGCAUUUGAACUUUACCAACCGGCACGAGCUGACACCGGAGAUGGCACACCUGAUAUCGGACCUGCUUGGCCGGAAGCGUUUCGGGACGUUCUUCCAAUCGCUGACCGGUAACAGCGAUGCGAUGAUGACGGCCCCGUGGCUGGCGGAGACGAUGAACUGGGGCGGCUACCUGGUGGAACCGGAUCCGCGCAAAUAUUUUUCGCUGCGCAAACAGAACGCCUUCCGCUCGAACGUGCAGGUCAUUCAUGCGUGCCUUUCGCCGAACACGUACCCGAAGGAGGUGACGCUGCACCACGACGAUGACAGUGAGGUGCAGAUAAACAGCGUGCUGGACGAAGAGACGGAAUGGUUUCAUCCGCGUGUCAAAUGCUUCCCGGUGUACACGCUAAUGCUUGCCGUCAAUCGAACAUCGAUCGAUUUGCUCAGCCUUGGCUGUCACGGACAGGAACUGCAGAUUCUUCAAACCAUCCCCUUCGACCGCGUAAACAUUAAAGUGAUCUCGAUUCAUCUGGUACAUUACUACGAAGAGGACGAAAUGAUUAUCGACGUUGAUGAGUACGUGCAAAGCAUCGGACGCUUCCUGAUGAGCAAAUCGUACAAGCUGGUACGUAGCAUGGAUCGCAACUUUAUCUACCAGCAUCUGUCGGUGCUUUCGGCAGCGAAACAACGCCAACGACAACAGCAACAGCAGCAAUCGUUCUCCGUGGCCGAUCACAUGCUUCUGUCACAGCAGCAACCCGCCAUACUACCCCGUGGCAAUGCUAUCAGCUCCGGUGAAAAGCCCGACGCUACAAUGGCCAUCCGCAAGGGUCAGGAAGUGAGCGGUAAUAAUGGUGGUAGCAACGGAAAGCUACCCAUCUCACUAGCAUUGCCGUCCUCGACUUCAACUACAACAGUACCGUCAACAACCGCCUCUUCGUCGGCUGUAUCCUCCACGAUCAGCGCAACCGGAGGUGUUAAUAUGGCGUUUAGCUCGGAACGAUUUGACAAACUAAUGUUGCUGCGCGGUGGAGAUUCCGAAACAUUCGAUGGCGCCAAUGCCGAGUUCAGUGUGAGUUCAUCCGAUUCGAGUGCGCUCGAUGACACCGAAUCCUCCGAUAGUGACGACGCAAUCCAACAGAAGCAGGAACAACAACUGCAAGACAAGGAAUUGGAUGUUGAUCUUGACCAAUCGGUAAUGACACAACCGCUGGCAGAGAUCGAAGAUGGUUCGGUACUUGUCGCUGGUUCAUCAAACCCUCCGAUGGUAACGUCGCUGAAAUGA